AUGUCAGCAUCUCUGAGGGAAGUGGCCAAUUCAAUGGACGAUGACAGAUGCAUCAUCGAAGACCACUGGUACUCCGAGGACCUCCAAACUGAUGCCAUUUACGAUCCGCAUUAUCUGCACUGGCUGCCACAUCAUCUUAGCAAUCAAAAGAAUGUGUUCUAG